AUGAAUAAGUUUGAAUAUAAAUGCCAUUUUGUUCCAUCUGGUGUAUGCUACGGAAGAGUUGGCAACAAUCUGCCAUCACCACAAGAAGUAGUGUCCCUUUCUAAACAGUACGAUUUCCGAAGGAUGAGAAUCUAUGAUCGAAACCAACAAGUCCUCCAAGCUCUAAGAGGUUCCAGCAUUGAGUUGCUGCUAGAUCUCCCUAACAUCGACCUCCAAAGAGUAGCAUCUAGCCAAGACAACGCAAACAGAUGGGUACAAGACAACGUCAAAAAGUUUGGCAAUGUUAGAUUUAGGUACUUUUCAAUGAGAAACGAAGUGAAGCCUUGGGACUCAUUUGCACGGUUUCUAGUACUUGCAAUGCAAAAUAUCCAAAGACCUAUUUCUAGUGUUGGCCUUGGAAACCAAAUCAAAGUUUCCACUGCCAUUGAGACUGGCGCAUUGGCAGAAUCAUACCCUCCAUCAAGAGGGUCCUUUAGGUCUGAUUAUAGAACAGCAUAUCUUGAUGGUGUCAUCAGAUUUCUAGUGAACAACAAUGCCCCAUUAUUGGUUAAUGUGUAAAUUCAAUAACUUUAGCAUUCUCAGGAUAAAAAUCUCGGGAGAAAUUAAAUUCCUAUUUUUUUAAGUCAAAAGAAACAUUAAAUUUAGAAGAAAUUAGA